UUUGAUUGGAUCUGUUGGCAAACCCAACUUUUUUUCACUGAAACUGUUUAGGAAAAUAGAAAGUUGUUGAUGGUUUACUAACGAAAACGGGAAAGUUGAUCUCUAUAGACUUCGACAUGGACAUGUCGUGAAAUGAAAUUACGCGUGUAGCGGUGUUCCAUCACUUUUCUUUUCACGGAGAACAUUCAGUAUGGCGGAAGGCGAGGAGACCAUGAGUCAGGAGGACUGGAAGGGCAAGUGUAUGGUCCUCGAAACUCUGCUCAUGAAGUUCAGGGUUCAGAUAAUCAAAAUCCGAGAGCUUACUGCUGACAAGAUUCAACAACUGGAGAUGCAAGUGCUUGAUGCGGAAAAACGAGCUUUCACCGCAAAGCAGCAGGCGCAGUGGAUGGAGGAGAAGCUGAGGGCCCCAGAAGGUCAGCCCGAAAACUCUGAGAAGCUUUGGUUUGAGCGCUGCCAGGAGCUACAAGCCUUAGUGGAGGAAAAGGAAGAUAUCAUCACCCGGCUGGAGCAGCGGUUGGAAGAGCAGAAACAGUCAAGGCUUCAAGAUGCCAAGACCGUGGAGGACAAAGCAGCCAAGAUAAAGGAAUGGGUGAUGCUGAAGUUGUCAGAGUUUGAGGUAGAGAACGCCGCACUAAGAGAAACCAACAAACAACAGGAAGCUCAGAUUGGUGAGCUAAAGAAGAAAAUGGAUGAAUUUGAACAGAAAUGUUCCGAUAAACGAGUAGCUCUGGGCAAGUCUGUUGAAGCCCACCGGGUUAGCAGCCUGACAUUUGGCUGCUUCCAGGUGAGAGGAAAGAGCGCGCAGGUUCUGACCGGGCCCAUUCCCUCACAGAGGAGCCUCAGCGUUGAGGAAGAAACUGAAGGCAGGGUCAACAUUGACAUUCGAAGUAAGCAGACAGCCUCCUCAGCCACAGGUGCCGAAGUCCAGAGCCCAGAUCAAACAGGGCUGCUGGCUACUCAUCUGGAUGAGAAUGAGAACAUGAAUGCGUUGGACUUCAGAGCAAGCAGCCGCGAUUCUUGUACUGUUUCCUCAGCACUCUCGAGUGCUGAAGGAGGAGGAGGGCGUGAAGUCGGAGAAGGUGGUCUGGAUUUAAGUCGCGCUGGGAGCGAGGCCUGCCUGACAGCCUCGGAUGACAGCAGUUCUCUGUUUGACGACGACAUGCAGCGAGUGGAGCGGCCCAGCUUCAGCAUUCUGGCAAUGUCGGAUGGGCUACCUGGGGAGUGUAAAAGGAAGGAGGACUGCACCCCUGAGGAGCUCAACAAACGAUUCCAGUCGCAGAGACUUGACUCGUCAUCCUCGUCCAGCGAACUCAACACUCCAAGCCCCGUCGUCACGCCAGCUCUCACUCCCAAACGACCCAACCCGCCCCAAGACCUGAGAGAUAACCCUGCUUCACCCAAACAACCCAGAUUGCGGACCCCAGCAGGGUUGGGGUUUACUCACGUCGCUAUGAACAAGAAACAUUUGAGCCAACCACCAAUCAGCACGGAGCCAGCACCCGGACAAACACGUAACGCCCUCAGCAUGUUGCGCUCCCCUCGACCAGAGGAAACCGACCUUGACCAAGUGCAGGAGGUCGACAUGGAAACAGGCAAGGAUCCAUCCUUGCAGGUUCGCCCCAGCUCUCGUAGCAAACCCACAGCGCUUUCCAUACAGGCCACACCUGACCCAACUUCUGGGUGUCCGGAACUAAACACAGACAGUCACAGCUCACCUCCCACGCCGCCUUUACACAGGCUCCCCUCCUGGGAGAGUCGCAUUUACGCGGUGGCUAAAUCAGGAAUCAGGCUGUCCGAAACAUCAUGCAAAGAUUCAACAAGCAAAGAUCCCUCUCUGCAAUCCUCCUGUCCUGCCUUUGUAAUAUACACAGCCCUCAUUUAUAGAAAUAUGACCACACCAGUUUACACUACUCUGAAGGGGAAAGCCACUUUGUUGAGUAACAAUCCAUACUUAGAUGAGUCAUGUAGUUCUGAGGAGUCAUCCAGUUCUGAAGAGGAGGAUGGUUCGUUAUGCAGUUCACACACGGCCUCCGGCUCCCACAAGGACAGCAACCCAGGCAGCCCAUGCUCUGUCAAAAGAGCUGUAUCCACGUCUUCAAUGACAUCAGAGAGUGACUAUGCCAUCCCACCUGAUGCCUAUUCCACCGAUACUGAGUGCUCGGAACCAGAGCCAAAAUUCCCCAAAACCUGCUCCUCUGCUGGUGACAACAGCAAAAGUGAGUCAAUGGAGAAAUCUGGCUACCUGCUGAAAAUGGUGAAGACAUGGAAGAAAACCUGGAAGAGGCGCUGGUUCGUCUUGAAAGAUGGAGAGCUUCUUUAUUAUAAAUCCCCAAGUGAUGUGAUCAGGAAACCACAAGGUCAGAUUGAGGUCAAUGCCACCAGCAACAUCGCACGAGGAGAAGGAAAACAAGUGCUCCAGAUAGUGACAGGAAAGCGGGUGUACUACCUGAAAGCCGACUCACCUAAUCUGCUCGAGGAAUGGCUCGCGGUGCUGCAGAGUGUGCUCAGAGUCAAAGCUGCAAGUCCACUCUACACUCAGCCGGAUAUAAGACCCAACAUGAAGGGACAGCUUAUCAAGGUAAAGCAUGGCUGCUCUAAGCGGGUUUGGUGUGCUCUGAUUGGCAAAACUCUGUAUUACUUUCGGAGCCAAGAGGACAAGUUUCCACUGGGUCAGAUAAAGCUUUGGGAUGCCCAAGUGGAAGAGGUGGACAAGUCUCGGGACUCGGACGAGGGCUUGAAAGCAUGUGGGGGUGGAUCACGGGUAGUAUCCUAUACUAUCGCUAUCCAUCCACAGGAUCAAGAACCGACUUACCUGCUCAUUGAAUCUGGCCAUGAGAAGGAUUCGUGGCUGUACCACCUGUGUGUCGCAGCAGGAACCAUGAUGGGGAAAGUCGGCACUGAGUUUGAAAAACUGGUGGGGAAACUCUUUCAAGUGGAUGGAGAUUCAAAGUCUCAGAUGUGGAGAAACCCAACAUUAUGCUUCAGUAAAGAGGCUUUAUUGUCUCCACUCACCACACUACCUUCACAGGCCCUGCAAACUGAGGCGGUCAAACUCUUUAAGACUUGCCAGCUGUUCAUCAAUGUGGCCAUCGACGCCCCAGCCAUCGACUAUCACGUCUCCCUGGCUCAGAGUGCCCUACAAGUGUGUCUGACCCACCCUGAGCUUCAAAACGAGUUCUUCUGCCAGCUCAUCAAGCAGACCACAAAGAGGCAGCCGCAAGGCCAACCGGGACCGUUACAGGGUUGGCAGUUUUUAGCAUUGUGUGUUGGACUCUUUCUGCCUCAGCAUCUUUUCCUCUGGCUGCUCCAAGCGCAUCUCAAAAGACAUGAGGAUUCCAGGACUGAGGUAGGUAAAUAUGCCAUCUACUGCCAACGUUCAAUGGAACGAACCCAGCAGAAGGGUGAGAGGCAGGCCAGACCAUCCCGCAUGGAGAUCCUUUCUAUUCUGCUAAGGAAUCCCUAUCACCACUCCCUGCCCUUUAGUGUCCCUGUACACUUCCUCAACAACACCUACCAGGUGGUAAGUUUUGAUGCAUCCACCACAGUGGAUGAGUUCCAAAGUCGUCUCAACCAGGACACCGGCAUGAGGAAAACGGGGCUGUCAGGUUUCAGCGUGUACACUGAUGACCCCACUGGACGAGAGCUGGAACACUGCUUACAUCAAGGGAGCAUCAAGAUUUGUGAUAUUAUAUCCAAAUGGGAGCAAGCAUCCAAAGAGCAGCACACCGGCAAGUCGGAGAACACCAGAACCGUCCGCCUCACUUACAAGAACAGGCUAUACUUCUCCAGCCAGGCGAGGGGGGAGUCAGAAAGGGAAAGGUUGUUGUUAGCCUAUCAAAUCAACGAGGCCAUUGUGGCAGGACACUUUCCUGUCAACAAAGAGCUGGCUCUGGAAAUGGCUGCCUUGCUGGCCCAGGUUGAAUUUGGAGAUUUUGAACGUCCCUUCUUGAGUAGCGGACCAGGUCAAACUAAGUCCAACCAAACCUUGAAACAGGUCCUGGACAGAUUCUACCCCAAACACUAUCGUCGGACCACGUUUGAGGAACAACUCAGACAAUUGCUCCAGCGUCUCUCUGCUCGCUGGUCCUCACUCAAAGGUCGAAGUUCAUCCGAGUGUGUCAGGAUUUACCUAACUGUUGCUAAGAAGUGGCCUUUCUUUGGUGCCAAACUUUUUGAAGCCGAAUCCAUCACUCCCUCUCCAGACCCAGCCACACGUGUUUGGCUGGCGGUUCACGAAGAUGGGAUUACUGUCCUGGACCACAACUCUAUUAAACCACUGGUGUCCCACCCUUACAAAAAUGUGAUGACAUUUGGGGGCUGCAAACAGGAUUUUAUGUUUGUGGUGGCACAGAAGUACGGUAACAACACGACCAAAGAUAAACCCUCAGAGAACCAUACAUUUGCUAUGGAUGCAUCAAAGAUCAGAGAGAUCACCCUGCUCAUCUCCAGCUACAUCAACAGCGCGCAUCAGCAGAAGGCUGCAGCCCAUCACCUCUCCGCCCCUGCUCUCAUGGUGGCCCAACCAAUCAGCCUGAAGUGCAAAGAACUGAGGAGCAAGUCUCCACCAGCCCCGGAUCGUCCCUGUAAGGCCCCCACGUUGUUGUAACAACACAGUCCUUUUCUGGAUUUAUAAAAGAAAA